CAGAGCUCAAACUCCUUUCAGUUCUCAGAAAGUGAAACUCAGACAGCCGUUGCCACUGAGAGGUGAAAUGGCGGAGAAAGGAGUUCAGCUGGACUGGGAAACCUUCUCUUGUUCGAUCUGUCUGGAUCUACUGAAGGAUCCGGUGGCUAUUCCCUGUGGACACAGCUACUGCAUGAAUUGUAUUAAAAGCUUCUGGGAUGAAGAGGAUGAGAAGAACAUCCACAGCUGCCCUCAGUGCAGGCAGACCUUUAUACCGAGGCCUGUCCUGCUGAAAAACACCAUGUUAGCAGCUUUAGUGGAGGAACUGAAGAAGACUGGACUCCAAGCUGCUCCUGCUGAUCACUGCUAUGCUGGACCUGAAGAUGUGGCCUGUGAAUUCUGCACUGGGAGAAAACUGAAAGCCCUCAAGUCCUGCCUGGUCUGUCUGGCCUCUUACUGUGACAAACACCUCCAGCCUCAUUACGAAUCACCUGCCUUUAAGAAACACGAGCUGGUGGACCCCUCCAAGAAGCUCCAGGAGAACAUCUGCUCUCGUCAUGAUGAGGUGAUGAAGAUGUUCUGCCGUACUGACCAGCAGUGUAUUUGUUAUCUCUGCUCUGUGGAUGAACAUAAAGGCCACGACACAGUCUCAGCUGCAGCAGAAAGGACUGAGAGGCAGAGAGAGCUCGAGGUGAGUCGACAAAACAUCCAGCAGAGAAUCCAGGACAGACAGGAAGAUGUGAAGCUGCUUCAGCAGGAGGUGGAGGCGAUCAAUCGCUUUGCUGAUAAAGCAGUGGAGGACAGUGAGAAGAUCUUCACUGAGCUGAUCCGUCUCAUGGAGAAAAGAAGCUCUGAUGUGAAGCAGCAGGUCAGAUCCCAGCAGGAAACUGAAGUGAGUCGAGCCAAAGAGCUUCAGGAGAAGAUGGAGCAGGAGAUCACUGAGCUGAAGAGGAAAGACGCUGAGCUGGAGCAGCUCUCACGCACAGAGGAUCACAACCAGUUUCUACACAGCUACCCGUCACUGUCACGACUCAGGGAGUCUACAGACUCAUCCAGCAUCGAUAUCCGUCCUCUGAGCUACUUUGAGGAUGUGACAGCGGCUGUGUCAGAGGUCAGAGAUAAACUACAGGACGUUCUGAGUGAGAAAUGGACAAACAUCUCACUGACAGGGACUGAAGUGGAUGUUUUACUGUCACAACCAGAGCCCAAGACCAGAGCUGGAGUCUUAAAAUAUUCACGUGAAAUCACACUGGAUCAAAACACAGCUCACACAAAGAUGUUAUUAUCUGAAGGGAACAGAAAAGCAACAUUAAUGAGAGAUCAGUCUUAUUCCAGUCACCCAGACAGAUUCACUGGAUGGUGGCAGGUCCUGAGUAGAGAGAGUCUGACUGGACGUUGUUACUGGGAGGUGGAGUGGAGAGGGGGAGGAGGAGGGGGAGGAGUUUCUGUUGCAGUCGCAUACAAGAAUAUCAGCAGAGCCGGGAGCUCGACGGAAUGUGCAUUUGGACGAAAUGACAAAUCUUGGGCGUUAUAUUGUGACAACAACAGUUAUAACUUUUGGUACAACAAUGUCCAAACUCCCGUCUCAGGUCCUCGGUCCUCCAGAGUAGGAGUGUACCUGGAUCACAGGGCAGGUAUUCUGUCCUUCUACAGCAUCUCUGAAACCAUGACUCUCCUCCACAGAGUCCAGACCACAUUCACUCAGCCUCUCUAUGCUGGACUUUGUCCUUUCUAUUUUGGAGCCACUGCUGAGUUCUGUAAACUGAAAUAGUCAGAAGUCAUUUAAGGGACAGUGGGUUAAAUUCUGAGUUUUAACUCUUAAACUUAUUUUGUAAUGAUCAUAAUAAACAAACAGAUCAUUGAUUAUCUUCUUCUACACAGCUGAGAUUCUGGUCAAACACAGUGAUUGUGUGGAUGAAGUGAAUCUGUACAUGAAAUCACUGAACAAGAGUCACUGAACAGACUUUACUGAUGGGAUGUGUGAACGAACUGAAGGUUUACAUGAUGAAUAAACAAACGUG